GGAAGUUUUUGUGUUGCAUUAUGCAUAUUUUUGUUUUAAUAGGCGAAUUUGAUUUAAGGUGAGAAAAAUUAAUAUAUAAACAACCGCCUCCAAGCCUGAAUAAUUCUACGUUAGGACAUCAUGUAUUUAUACAUUUGUUGAGUUGCACGAUAAAUUAAUUCCCAAUAAUUUGAAAUUUUGAAGCGAAAACACAAGAAGAAAACAUGGCUGGUGGUGGGCAUGGUGGCGAUGAAGUGAUUUUGCUGGAUUUAAAAGUAAGCAUGUUUGGGAUGAGAGUCAGAGUGGCACUAGCUGAAAAGGGAAUUGAGUAUGAAUACAGAGAAGAAAAUUUGGCCCAAAAGAGCCAGCUUCUUCUGGAAAUGAAUCCCAUUCACAAGAAGUUACCUGUUCUGAUUCACAAAGGGAACCCAAUUGUUGAGUCCCUUGUGAUUGUUCAAUACAUAGAUGAAGUUUGGCGCGAUAAGAAACCACUGUUGAUGCCUUCUGAGCCUUACCAGAGAGCUCAAGCUAGGUUUUGGGGUGACUUCAUCACCAAAAAGGUUUAUGAAGUUGGAAGAAGAGUGUGGGUUACAAAGGGAGAACAACAGGAGAAAGCCAAGAAGGAACUAAUAGAGAUUCUCAAAACACUGGAAGGAGAACUCGGGGAUAAGGCGUACUUUGGUGGUGAAGAAUUUGGAUUUGUGGAUGUGGCGUUGAUUUCCUUCUACCCUUGGUUUCAUGCCUACGAGACUUGUGCCGAUUUCAAGGUAGAAGCCGAGUGUCCAAAGCUGGUGGAGUGGGGCAAAAGGUGCAUGGCAAGGGAGAGUGUUGCCAAAUCAACUGCUGAUCCCCAGGAGGUCUACGAGUUCGUGCAGUCCAUGAAAUUGGUGGUCGGAAUCGAUUAAGCAGAGGUUUUGUGGGGAAGAUUUUGCUCCGGUCAUUUUGAUGUUUUGGAUGGAGUAAUGUCCUCAGUUAAUCUUUCUUCUCUUUCUACUGUUGAAUGUGGAUGUGAUUAUAGCCUGUAGGUGUCCUUUUGUAUAAAUUGUGUUAAAUCUUUCCUUGUUCAUGGAUGGACUGACGUCCAGUCAUCCUUCCUGUACAGUACAAAUUUUCAAGUUUUCACUUCUGUUAUAUCUUCAUUUCCGUGUCUCAAAUUCUAGUAAUUUGGCGAAUACGGAUGCAAUCGAAGUAGGAAGCUGAUUUCAAAUUGCUUAAUGUCCAUACAUCAUCAUCGGCAGUUAAUACAAUGAUGCGCACUCUUGUGCAAAUUUUUGCAGAAGAUAGUAGUGGGAAAAUUUACAGUAUCAGCAUAAUGGUAGUGUACACUCGAAUAGCCAAGUAUAGGGUAUUCUCAAAUUCACCUAAAUGUCAGCGAGUCGGACUCAAUAUGACAGGAAGAAUCGUUUACCUCCUUUGCCAGUACUGGGAGAUACAAGUGUCUUGCAGGGAGUUGCAGAACUGAGAUUGAUUUCCAGCAUUCGGAAACAAUUUACUUCGCUGUUCAAGAGUUCAACUUCAUUUCAAGAAGUCUGGCAGUCUGCAACGCAUCCCGGGCUUCCUCUAGCUGGCCGGCUCGUUUAAGUCUCAGUGCCUUCAGCUUCUCGGCCUUAAUUUGUUCUAGCAACUGCACUCUCUCUUCAUCAGGAUUAUCAAUCCUGGAGGGUUUUUCAGGGACAGAGGAUACAGUUCUCGGAUCAUCCAAUCCGAUUGCCUUCAAGGCAGACAAUAGGUGAGGGUCGAGAAAAUCCUCAACUGCCACCUCAUCUACCGGUUGACUUGCAUUCGUAGAAGAGCUUGAAGAUUCCUCCAACUGUGCCUCAAGAGCUUUUGCCAGCUCAGUUUCAGCAUCAGCUUCUUCUUGUCGACCUUCCCUCCGCAGCUUAAGUGCCUGACGCUUAUGCUUAAGAGACUCCUGUUGCAAUUUGAAGCGAUCACGACUGGAUAACGUUUUUGGAGCUGAACUAGGACUGGAAUCUUUCUUGCCAACGCGAGAGACGGCAGGACCCGUAACCUCACUGGGACUUGUAUUUGCCCGAGAUUCACUCUCAUCUAAACUAGAUGCCUCAUGAGGCUUAUUCUCCUCUAGAUGUUUUUCAAGAAGCUUUGCCUUGCGGAAUUCCUCCCUAGCUGCCUCCAAAUACCCAUCUCUUUUUAGGGAAAGUGCCUUUAGCUUGUGCACUUUUAUAUCUUCUUCGAGAGAAUUCACAUCAUGUUGAGAAGGAAUUUCCUUCCCGGAAGAAAUUUCUGAAACUCUUUGCUUCUCGUGCGAAUGAACCAUCUCCUUCUGUAUAUCUUCUGUCACUGAACCUGCGUUUUUCACAUCUAUAAGGGGACUGCUUGUCGCAUUUAAGUCAUUCGAUGGACCAUCAACUACUGCUGUGGAUGGACUGAGAACAUUAUUUUUUUCCUGCUUAAUAGAUUUAGCAGGAUGUUCUUUUUGUGCCAGAGCUUCAAGCCCGGCCAAUUGUGCCUCUAACACUUCUGCCUGUUUAAGCAUUUCCUCAGCUGCCAGUGUCUCUCCUUGGCGUCUUAGGGCAAGGGAUUUUCUCUUCAGUCCUAAGAGCUCCCUCUUGAUGUCACUUUUGCUUUUUUGAGUGACAUCAGUUUGUAUUUUCAACUCUUGAGUGGUAGAAGAGCCGCCAAUUAGUGGGCCAGCAGAAGAUGAGGGAGGAUGAUUCUCAUUCGCAUCAUCACUCCAACCUAACCCCUUUAGAAGUGAUAGGUAUGUAGGAUCAUUCAUGUCUUGAUCUGUCACUAGUUCAUCUCCAUCGUCAGUUAUCAUAAAGUCACCAGUCUGCUUAUUGCUAUAACUUGAGUGCACUACCUUUGGAGCACUUUCCAAUUCUUCAAGCUGCUUCUCAAGAAGCUUCCCUUUCUUUAGUUCUUCUUCUGCCUCAUCAAACUUCCCCUCACUUCUUAAAGCUCGCGCCCUCUUUUUCAGCGCUAGAAGUUCUCUCUGAAUCUCUGAUUUACUCUUUGGCUUACGGCUGGUGCCUUUAGCCCCGUGAAUGAUUCCGACAUCCACAUCAGUUUGAUCCAUUGAUACUUCUGAUAAUUCAGAAGGAACCGCAAAAUUGUCUGUCAAGUUGGUUCUAUGUGAUCCAUUGUCAAGCUCCUUUUCAAGUAAUUUUGCCUUCCUCAGCAAAGCUAAUGCCUCUUCGCCAUUACCAGCCCUUUUCUGACGAAGAGCCUCCUUUUUAAGAGACUGGAUCUCGCUCUCCAGUGCUCUGGUAUUAUUAUCUUCAAACUGUAUGUUUAAGUCCUCAUCAUGAGUUGUCUCCUCAGUCCAACCUAUUGCUUGCAGGGCAGCAAGCAUAUCUGGAUCGUGCAAAUCGUCCCGAGUGACUUCAAGAUCUUCAUCAUUGCCAAGAUCUUCACCAAGACCGCCAAAAUCUUCACCAAGACCGCCAAAAUUACCAAGAUCUAAGCCUUGAUCCAGAUCAAACCCAACUGAUGAAUCUUCAUGUUUAUCAAAAUUCAAACUACGAACCAGUGCAGAGAACUCUUCAUCAGAGUCGUCUUCAGCAUCUCCAAUCAAUUCCUGUUCUUCAAUCUGCUUUUCAAGAACUUUGGCUUUCUUCAAUUCUACCAUGGCUUCCUCACGUUUUCCUUGACGCUUCAGUUCAAGAGCCUUUCUCUUAUGAGCUGUGACUUGAGAUUUAUCAAUGCCACGGGUUACAUUUUCUGUUUUAGCUCCGUUGGAGACUUCUCCAAGAAGUUUUGAUAACUCCCCUUCCAAACUUAUAGUCCCUGAUCUUUUAUCGGCAUCAUGGAAAUCCGCAUCUGACCAUCCCAGUUCUCUAAGCUCAGCAGUAAGAUCAUCCUUUUCUAUAUUCCUUUGAGAGGAAGGCCCUUUCUCCAGAGAAGAUGCCUCAGCAUCAGUUUUUGUGCUUGAAAGUUUAGAAUUGUUGCCCAGAGACGAAGCCUUUCUACGACUCUUUCUCAAAUUAAGCUCCAAUGUUGCAGCUUCCCUUUCAAGUUCUUUUCCUCUCUUGAAAGCUUUCAACGAUUCUUCACGUUUCCCUUCUGCCUUUAAGGUUCUGGAUUUCUUCUUUUCUUCCACAGCUCGUUGACGCAACUCUUCAGGAGUAACAUCAACUCCUGCUGCAUCAGAAGGCUGAUCACUCGAGAUGCUUCCAAUAUCAUCCUGAGAGGGUGUCCCUCGCAAAUUUGAACCCGAUGCGCCACUCGCGGGAUGUUGAUCACUUGAAAGCAUAUCACCAGUUGAUGCUGAUCUGGAUGAUGUCAACGUCUUUCCUUCAAUGCCGAGAAUUUGGUUUAGAACUUCAUCUUCACUCUUUGCUGUAAGCUUUGAGCCACCUGCUAGCAGAAAAUUUACAAAAUUUCCUCAUAAAAGAAAAAUAUUUCAUAGAGACUAAUUUCACCUGCUGUGAAUAUAGCUUCAAGCGGUAAAGAAAAAAACAGCGAAAAGAAAUGAAUCCUUUAUGAUGCGACGAUCUAAGUGAAAUGUUCUGCAACACAAGGAAUAAACAAAUUGUACAAACACGCAAUACAGUUACUUUAUUGUCUAAUAUCAACUAAUAACAAUAAUUUACAUAGAACUCAUCCUGGCUCUGGAAAUUAAAUUGCUAGAAAAUGUUACUCCCUCCGUCCCACAAAAAUAGUCCACAUUGAGUUUUGAGUUUUGUAUUGUUUUUAGUACAAAUUUAAAAACUCAAUAUGGACUAUUUUUGUGGGACGGAGG